AUAGCUCGGCGAGCACGCUGCAACUUUUUGAAGGUCUAAAGAUCAGGUGCUGGACGGUCUUACGUAAUGAAUCAAUCGAUGACGGUUCGCUUAAGCAUACCUUGGCAGCGCUUCGAUUGUUAACUCGUUUGAACGUUGUGUCUACCACGCAAGCGGCUCUGCUCAACAUGCUAGCGGAGACAGAUGCUGUACCAGUCAGAACGCUCCUGGUGACCGUGUUCGAGUCCAUCAUUGAAGUCUUUCUACUAUGUAUGGCAGGAUUCAUCCUAGCUCGGGCUGGCGUCACAGACAAAGCUACUCAGAGGAAGCUCAACGUCAUCAAUGUGUCUCUUUUCACCCCUGCCCUGCUCUUCUCAAAGGUGGCCUUCUCUCUUACUCCGGCGAAGCUGAAGGAGAUGUGGACCAUCCCUGUAGGCUUCGUGAUAGUGACUGGACUCUCGGCGGCAGUAGCGUGGACACUUGCAAGAUUGUUCAAAUUAUCUCGGUCACAGACCGCCUUCGCUAUCUGUGCAGCCAUGUUCCAGAACAGCAAUUCUCUUCCCAUUGCCCUGAUCCAGUCGCUGGUAGUGGAGGUUCCUGGCCUCAAGUGGGACGACGACGACUCAAAGGAUCAGAUGCUGGGACGAGCUCUGACCUACCUAGUGCUUUACUCAACUCUCGGCAUGAUGCUCCGUUGGUCCGUUGGCGUAAAAUUACUGUCCCAAGCGGAUGAAGAAGCGCCGGAAGUGGAAUCGGCAAUGCCUCAAACGAUAGGAGCACCCUCUCGCACCAUGUCGCCUGAGAAUCUUGAUGUGCACCCUGGCAAUCGCGAGACGGACCCUUUCUUCUCAACACAGCGAGGUCUCUCUCAGGAUGAGGAGGACGAGCCUCGAGCUCGUAGGAUGACCGCCCCGGGGCUGAAUUCUGCCCGGGGACCUUCCCCUACACCAUCAUCGAACUGGAUACCAGGAUCGUCGUCCGCUGUCUCUCAGCAUCUACUUUUGGGACCUGGAGAACGAGCAGUAAGGCGGCACUCGAUGCACACUGCCGGGGCUCGACGAAAACCCACCCGAACGGACAGUGGUCGGGAAUUUUGGGGCCUGCCUGAGGCACCGAGACAACGGAAUACAAUGCUCUCGCAUGAGAUUCUCGAGGAUGACAGCAGCGACUCAGAAUUGGACGAGGAUGAAUGCGGGAGAGGCAGAACUGACUUCAUUCGCCGCAACGCGAGCCAUGCCAGCCUUGGCGCCAUCAAGUCCUCAUUGAAGAAGGUCAAAGACCGACUCAUGCCAAUAUUACGGGGCAUACACGCGUUCAUGACUGUGCCCAUGUACGCCGCUCUGCUGUCAAUCAUCAUCGCCAUGAUACCGCCACUUCAAGCAGCGAUGGGCAAGAUCAAGCCCUUUCAACAAGCAGUCAAAGGGGCAGGACAGUGUUCAAUUCCUGUUACGCUGGUCGUUCUAGGGGCGUUCUUUUAUACCCCUCCUGCACCUCCCCAGGCGAUCGCUUUGCCUCCUGAUGACAUAACUCCACCGCACUCUGACGGGUCGAUCAAGGGCUACUUCAGUAACAAGCUUUACUCUCUGACGCGUCAUUCCGAGACCCAAUCAUAUCCAGGAGAAAACAAGGCAGUCUUGGUAGCCGUGAUGAGCCGGAUGGUCAUUGUGCCUGCUAUCAUGGUCCCGAUAGUCGGUCUCAUUGCCAAGUUGGAUCCUUUCGAGGCCGCUGAGGACCCCGUCUUCAUCCUCUCCGCAGUCUUGCUUAUUUCCUCGCCGCCGGCUCUGACAUUGGCCCAAAUCACACAAGCGGCAUCUGGUGAUGCGUUCGAGAGGUUGAUCUCAAAGACAAUCUUUUGGUCGUAUGCUGUGCUUACUCCACCGUUGACUUUGUUGUAUGUUGUGAUUGGGUUGGUGUUUGGGCGAUGGUAGUGACGAUCUGAAAUGUGGACUCCCUAUAGAAUAAUGACUAUGCGAAUGCAUUCACGAUGGUUCUGC